CCAUAUUUCAGCUGCCCCAAGAGGACCCAGCAGGAUGGCAGCUUCCAGACUCCCCAUCCUUUUAACAGUGGCCUUUUACUCUUUGUCCUGCACUCUUUCCCACUCAAACAGGGAGAUGUGGUUUCAGGAUCUCCUUCCACCUAACGUGUGCCCUGUAAAUGCCAAGGCCAAAACUUUUUAUGGCAUAAUGUUUGACGCAGGAAGCACUGGAACCCGGAUUCACAUUUACACCUUUGUGCAGAAGAGCCCAGAAAAGCUUCUAGAGCUGGAAGGGGAAAUCUUUGAGUCCGUGAAGCCAGGUCUUUCUGCUUAUGCUGAUCAGCCUGAAAAGGGUGCUAAAAAUGUCAAAAGAUUGCUGGACAUGGCCAUAGAUGCUGUGCCGCCUCAUCUCUGGAAAAAGACCCCGGUAGUGUUAAAAGCUACAGCUGGACUGCGUUUACUGUCAGAGGAGAAAGCCCAGGCUCUGCUUUUAGAGGUGAGAGAAGUCUUUGAGGAAUCACCAUUUCUUGUUCCAGAGGACAGUGUUAGCAUCUUGGAUGGGUCUUAUGAAGGAGUUUUAGCCUGGAUCACUGUGAACUUUUUGACAGGGCAGCUGUCUGGCCAGAACCAGCACACUAUUGGGACUCUGGACUUGGGAGGAGCCUCAACCCAAAUCACAUUCCUGCCCAGGUUUCAGGAAACCUUGAAGCAAACCCCUGGAGAUUUUCUUACCUCAUUUGAGAUGUUUAAUAGCACCUACAAGCUCUAUACCCACAGUUAUUUGGGUUUUGGACUAAAAGCUGCCAGACUAGCAACACUUGGAGCUUUGGAUAUGGAAGUUGUAGAUGGACAAAUGUUCCGCAGUUCUUGCUUGCCAAAGCAGUUGGAGGCAGAGUGGCACUUUGGAGGAGUGAAAUACCAGUAUGGUGGCAACAAAGAAGGAGAAACGGGAUUCAAGCCUUGCUACCUGGAAGUACUCAAGGUCGUCAAAGGGAAACUGCACCAACCAGAUGAGAUUCGUGGAAGCUCCUUCUACGCUUUCUCCUAUUACUAUGAUCGAGCUGUUGACACCAACCUGAUUGAUUAUGAAGAGGGAGGAGUUUUGGAAGUGAGAGAUUUUGAAAGAAAAGCCAAAGAAGUCUGUGAUAACAUGGAGAGGUACAACUCAGCCAGUCCUUUCCUGUGCAUGGAUCUCGCGUACAUCACUGCUUUACUAAAAGAAGGUUUUGGAUUUAGGGACAGCACACUCUUACAGUUAACAAAGAAAGUGAACAACAUAGAGACAAGCUGGACUUUGGGUGCUACUUUUCACUUACUGCAGUCUCUGGGGAUAACCUAUUGAGCUCUGACACUCCUGUCAGAGUGAAAGGCGGAGAAAGAAAAUUGAAAUCUUCAGGUACAUUGCUCAGCUGGAGUCAGUCACAGAGCAGAAUAUGGACCAAAGCUGUAGAACAAAUCUUCACCCAGGAUUGACGUUUGCAAAAUGAGAGCUGCCACGGUAUGAUUUAUAAUUGUGAUUGCCAUAAAUGAUCCAGAAGCUGCCUUCUGAAAGUCAAAAGGCCUGAACUCUUAUCAGAGUAUCUUAAAGUUGAUUGUAUGCAAGGGGCUCAGAGACAGCUUUCACCAGCACAUUUGUAUAGGCAUCCCAUUGCUAAAAGCACACAGUGCCUGGCAUGUGGUGGUAGACUACAGACAUUUGAUUUUCUCUUCCCCUCCCUUUCAUUUUAAACACACAGAACUAAAGUUUGUUCAUGAGACCUUAAAUAUAGAAAUUAAAGAUGGCAUCAACAGUCACUCAGAGAAAAGUGAGCUUCCCUAGAUGCUGCCAGGCUUAGAGUUCAAAGUACUUGGCUGUUAGCUUAACUAAUACAUUACAAGAAGGCUCCAGUCUUUCAAGGGAUCUGCGCUAAGCACGCCUUGGGCGUGGAUUUCGGAAAGGUGUUGGGUUGUAACUUAACAACCGUUUCUUUAGGCAGCAGAAGUGUCUUAAGCAGAAUAUGUACCCCUGCUUUUCAUGUCCCUACCAUUUGUGCUGCCCAUUAAUUACACAAGUCUGUGCAGCCAUACAGUACAUCUGACUGCCAGAGCUGAUAACUUGAUCCAUUUCAUGUAGUCAUAACGCACAGUUGUGCUGGCACAACAAAGUAGCAGUGCCAGAUAUUUCAACUCUGCUGCCAAAAGAAAUGCUUGAUACAUUAUACCCACAGGGAAAUUAAGGGUGCAGUCAGAUGAAAUGGCUGAUCUAAUAGCUCACUUUGCCGUGAGAGGCAGUUUUGUUUCUCUUCUCACAGCGAGGUACUCCCCCAGCCUCCUUUCCUCUGAUUCUGGUGCUCCUCAAGCCCUUCGGUGAACCAACUCAUGACACAACACUUGAGUUAAAUCAGCUCACCAAAGGGUCAAGGCCAGUGCUAGCAUAAGAGAAAGAGGGCACUGCAAAGCCUGGGGGACCUUCUGCGGCAGUGAGCUGUUAGAACACCACAGCCCGUUUUGUCUGAAUACACUCCAAGGUGGCGUUUUCCCAUCUGGAAGCCUUACUUCAUCCCUUACUGCUCUCUCCUUAGGAACCUCCUCUGGAUACACAGCUGUGUUGAAACAGAGCAUAUUUUUUCACUUGCUUAAUAGAUGAGAAGAGGGAGUGAGAGGAAUUAACAUCAGAAACAGCACAGGAGAACAAAAGCAGAAGUAGCUCUGUUUUCUUCACAUUAGCAUUUGAAAGUUCAGUCCCUUAGUCUGUUUUAAUUUGUAGAGCAAACUGUAAAUUAAACUCCAUUUCCCUUUAAUUUAACGUAGUGGAGUUGGACCCAUAGCAAAGUUAGGCAACAGUGUGCAGAGAAAGCCUGGCUGGAACAUGCAUAGCACAUUGUAUGCAGCCAUGCAUUGCUCUGGGCCUAUUUUUAAUAUAUACAGCAGGGCUGUAGAAACAGGGCAUCCAAGGAAAGGGUUGCAACUGUUUAGCAUUCUUACCCAAGCCCAGGACUUCUGGCAGGAUAGCAUGAAGCUAUUUGAAUAAUAUUUUAGAGUGACCCUUUCCAUCCGUUUUAAAGCUAAUACAUAAAAGCAAUGAGAGAGCAAUGUUUUAAAUAAGGCAUCUUGUCAGACAGGAUUUUAUUUUUCUUGUAUGGUCAGCUGUAGAGAAGAGCAAGAUGCCUAGAAUACUUUGAGGCUCCAAGUCCAGUCCUUACAUUGUCCUGAUUAGAAACCACUGUCAAGAUAGUUUUUCCACCCCAUGAAAUAGUUGGUAGCGAGCUUAUCAGUUUGCUCAUAUUUAGCAAAAAAUUAAUACCUUCUAUUCAACAUGGAACAUUAACUUACAGAUGAAUUUGCCCCGAUGUUAAGCACAGAGAGCUAGAGCUGUUACCGCUCACAUGACUAAAUGAAGCUUUAAUUUGCAGAUCUCUUGCAAUGAACACUUUGUUGCUGUCAGGUAUUUGCACUAAUCCAUAUUAUAUAACACACCUCUCAUUUCUGUAAAACUCAAAGCUACCCAAACACUGUCUUCUCUCCAAACUGGAUUUGAAAACAACUGGGAGUUCCCAGCAAGGAGAGGAAAUAGUGCGCUCAUGCCCAAAGUAAUCUUGCCAAGCAAUCUGAAGACUUAAAAGUUGCCUUACUGUGACUGUUAGUCCAUUUCCUGUAGUGUUUGUGUGGCUUAUUAAACUACCCCCCCUUCUCAUAUUUCAGAUUUUAUAGGGCUAAGGUGCAACACAUGUUUUUGAACAAGUUCAGUCAGCAACAGGAUUGCAAGGGAAGGGCAUGGCACUACCUGCACUUAUCCCACCUCUGACAUGUUCCUGCAAAUGCGGGUUGUUUCUUUGAAAAUAGUAACUGAGCAUCCUACCUUUAUUCCUCCUUACCAGCGUUUGUCUUGAGGUUACUGUUGAUAAUUUCUUCUGUGCCACAUCAAACUUUCCUUCCUCACUAGGAGCUUCUAUUGGAGCAUGAAGGAAAGCAGUUGCGGAGUCCAGCCUGAGGUUGGCCUCUUCUCCACCACAAAACCUUUCUUAUUGCCCUGCCUGGUAUCUGGCAAAAUUUAGUAUGUGGGCUGGUCUCCACAACAAGGUUUCUGCAAAGGUAUUCAUUUUUUGUUGAGUGAACAAUUGUAUUCUGCUUUGUAUUUUGAGAGAAUACAAGUAGGAUGCAGUGGUAAAUAGCCAAGCUGUAUUACUCCUGAGAACUAGCUAAUUUAAUAAUCUAAAAGCCUUCUUUCGGUCUGAGCCAGUGCUAUGACAAAUUCUCUUACUUGAUCUUGGGGCUAAGAGCCAUAAGCAGUGAGGCUGUAUUUGAAACGGGAGGAAAGGUUGUAUGUAAGGGACAAGCAGCAGCACCGUAUCUGCCAACUGAAUAUACACUAGCCCUGAAGAAUACUUAAGGGUUUGUUUUUGUCUGAAGGAAGGAUGGACUAGAACAAGACAUGCAGAGCAAGCUUCUUUUCUGUGUUCUUUGCCUCAGACUCUGGAACUGCAAAUGCUAGGUGGCAGCAUCUGCUUUCCUGUACCAAAGUUGCAUUAAAUCUGAAUGCUCAGGGCCUUCAUUUUAUCAGUGGCACAAUUCAUUAACUGAAGCAUAACUGCUGCUCUCAAUCAGGGGCCUGAUCUGCAGUCAGAGAAAGAAAAACUCAACUUGAAGGUUUCUUUUGCAAGAAACUGUAGAACUGAGCCCCUACUGUUUACAUCUGAAUUACCCAUGGUGCGUUGGGGAACUAGAGAAGCCAGUCAAGUCCUCACACUUACCUAGUGCAAUGAGAUUAUUUAUUAGCUUAAUUAAAGAUUAGCAGCUUUGUAAGAGAAAAGUUCUACCUGCAUCAUUGUGUGGGGGGUUUUGGUUUUUUGUUUUAAUCUCCUUUUCUGUAAUGUCUCUUAGCCAGUCACUAACAGGAACUGCUUAAUGUGAGUGACUGAAGACGCACAAGACAGUCUUUCACUCUGAAACUUGUAUUUAAUUCUUCCUUGUAAUGUUAAUUCCUGAUACUGGUUAGCUGUACAUGUAAGUCUUGCCCAUUAGCAUUACUCAAUGUUGAGAGACUCAAAUGUCUAAUGCAGGAGGCUGGUGUUUGGAACCUAAGACAGAAUUUCUUGAAUGUCUAUUUUGGUAAUUAAAGCAUUUUUAACAUUA